AUGCUCAAUGCCUACGCGAUCCUUUCUGGCAUAGGAGCCUCCAUCUGCGAAUUUCGACGUUUGGAUCUUCUGUCAUCGGGCCUAAACAGGAAGCUGGGCGCCGACCUCGUCCAGUGGUAUGCUUCUGCCGGAAUUUUCUCUCAAGCAAGCGAAGAAUCCGGGACCCCAUCUGAACUUCCUACCUCCUUAAGGAUACUGUGGCACUACACAUUCAUAUCUUUGACAGUCGAUCUAAACACUCUCGAAGUGGCCGUUGGGAGAGAAGGCCGCAACAGCAUCGUCCCGGAUGUCUGCGAAUACGUUCGGUCAUGGAUCUCGACCUUGAGCUCGAAACGGUCUCUUUUUCACGCCCUGUAUCUCCAGAACCUGGUCGUCUCGACGAAUCUGGGAUCCUCUACCGCCAUCCAUACGGCAAGGAUACUGUUUUCCGCCGCUCUUUGCUGGUAUUGCUACAUCCUCUACCUUCCCUCCACGAUAAUCGCAACUGAAAUGCCGGUUAAUUCAACCCCCGACGAGAUCAUGGAAUAUUUGACACAGCUUCCUGAAUUGCGUCUGUUACGCACUGAAAGCGGCUCCUACAGCCCGGCUUCCAAUCUGUGGCACAAAACUAUGUCAAGCUUCCAAAAGAUCCUGGUGGCAUCGCCUGCCGAAGUGAAGGAAAACACUCUAUGUAUCAUCGAAUCGGCUCUUCGGGGUCUAGGAACAAGCGGUAUAUCGAGACGCUUUGCAGAUAUCAUUUACAUCUUCAUCUCGGGGGAAAUAAAUAGCUAA